UGCACCUUGCCUUGAUGUCGGGGUUUCAUGGAUGAGAUUGGAAGGUCUGUGGCAGGCAACCCAUCCUGCUGGCAUGACAUCUUCGAUUUCGACUAUUGCUGUGACAGACGACAUGGGCCGACAGGCAACUCUGAGUGCUGGGAUGGCUACUAUAACUUCAAUCAUUGUUGCUACACGCCGCUGCACGCCGCCGCCCCGGCUGAGUGCUGGGAGGAGGCGAGGCACUACCUCUCAAAGUCAGAGGAUGCAGCGGCAAAACAUCCUGUGCUGAAAGAACCCGCGAAUCUGGCCACGUUUUGCUGCCACGCCUCCUCUCUAAGUUCGAACGCCUGUUGGGGAGCUGGACGUGGCGGCUCUCCGGAGUUGCAGGAUGCAUCCACAGGAGAGACCCUGGGUUUCACUCGCCGUCACAUUGACUGCUGCUUCCCAGAAUUGCAGAAGCUGGCAAAAAGUGGCCCACCACAGUGGAUGGUCAACCAGAUCAACCAGGAUUUGAAAGACUGGGAGAAUCGAGGGCCCUUCACUGGCCGAAGUUUGGAUGAAAUGGAAGAGGCCUAUGAGAAGCUGGGCAGAGCUGCCAACAUCUGCCGAUUUCGUCUCCGAAGUGGUGGUGAGAUCUUUCAUUGUGAUUUCAGCCGCUCCAGAUAUGACUCCUUGCUCCAUUCGCUACGAGCAGCCUUGCAGAUCCUGCAUGAAAUGUUUGGCCUGCCAGAGAUGGACCUCUUGGUUCACACCGAAGAAUACUAUGGCGUUGGCAGCGUGAGCGAAGUCGAUCUGACUGUACCAGUCUUAGUCCAGGCGCAGCCGGCGAACUGUCGUGGAAUCCUCAUGCCUUGGUGGGCAUUCCUUCAAUGGGACUGGACAAGACGAUAUCGAGAGAGGCUCGAGCAAGCUUCCAGGGAGAUUCAGUGGGAGGAUCGUGCAGAGGUUUUAUUCUGGCGAGGCUCUGACACUGGAUGUUUGCACUCAGAUGUUGCCAAAGAGAGCUGCAGUUUGGCUUGUGCCACAUGGACACCCAACACUUGGCCCCUUUUUCCACGCUCGAAAUUGGUGCUGGCAUCAUCACUGUUCCCUUCACGGAUCGAUGCAGUCUUCACAAAGGAUACGGUCCAUCGAGACUGUCAAGAGGUCUAUGAUGCCAGUGGGCUGCGAGUGGCGGAGAUUGUCCCUCCUGAAGCUCAUGUGCUGCACAAGUAUUUAGCCUAUCUUGAUGGCACAUCCUUCUCCGAUCGUCUUUUCUGGCUGUUGCUUACUGACUCCUUGGUCUUUCGUGCGGGCUCCAGCAUUCGCGUGUGGUUGGAUGCUGGCUUGGAAGCAUGGAAACACUAUGUGCCGAUUCAUGGCAAUUUGUCUGAUUUGUUGGACCAACUGGACUGGGCCAAGCAGCACGAUGAAGAUAGUGCCAGGAUUGCAGCCGAAGCCGCGCGCUUUGCCAAGAGCGAUCUGACUCUGGAGGCGAGUUUGUUCUACCUGUACCAGCUCCUACUGAGGCUGAGCAAAGUGAUCCGUUUGACACCGGAUGAGAGAAGGGCAACACCUGAGAAGGUUUUCGUGGAGUCACCCCAGCCACUGGAGGCUGAAUUGGAUUGCUGGGCUUUGGGGUUCAGCCCUGGCCUUUGUUGCAAUGUGGAUCAGUAUGGUCCUGGUGGAAAUGCCGCGUGCUGGGAUGGACCAUAUACCUUUGAGGUUUGCUGCCAAGGAGACUCAAGAACGAAGACAGUCGUGGAAGUGGGAAAAAAGAAUGCGCAUUCGCAGCAUCGUUUUAACGGGCUUCAUCCCGAAACGUGA